GUCGGGCUCGCCCGACCGGUCGUGUUGGGGAAGAAACUGAAAGAAUUGGAAACUGGUGUCUCCGCAGGAUGACUCAACGACACCAUCUUUUUUUCAGCGGCUCCGGCGUUGAGAACCCAAAGUGGAAUCAGUGAGACAUGCGCGGCUCGGUUCAAGUCCUCAAGCGUCCAAACAUACACGUCUGACUAUUUAUCUACGUCCCUUGACUGACCAUUCCGCUGCUGCUGCAUCUCCUUGAAGGCCUGGCACGAUACAGAUCAGUCAACACAACUGCAUCAAGCGCAUACAUCCCGCUGGAACUCACCGCGGUAUAUGCAUCCAUCUGCCUCUUGUACUCCCCCAGGACUGAAUGCGACGGAUCAACAUACCUGAAGCGUCCGCCCUUCCAAGCCCCCAUAUCCUCAACGUCGAUCCCAGCCUGACACUGUCCCUUGAACUCGACCCGCAUCGCAUCAAUCACAGCUCGGACGAACCACUGGCACUGAUACUCCCCGAUAUGAUACCGCGGCGCAAAGCCCGACACCGCCCCAAGCAGCAGUGCGAACCGGACCACCGACGGGCGGCUGCGCUCGGGGAACACCACGCUCUGGAGCCGCUUCCCGCCCGCGCCCCUGCGUCGCUCGAUAUCGGCGACGCCGCGGUGCACCCAGUCGAGCGCGCAGUGGGUCGACGCGAACGGGGACCGGCACGUCACGGUGUAGCCCGCGUCCAGGUAUAUGGCGAGACUGCGGCCCCGCUCCUCCGGCACAUCUCGUUUGCCCGUGCCCCUAGUAUCCUGCGAACCGCUCAGACGCUUCCCGUUCCCGGAUCAAAAGAAAACCACAUCCACGGACCUCCGCGUAACUCUCCGCGAUCGGCGACAUCGUCAGCCUGGAAUCCAGCGAGGACCGCUUCCCGCUCCCCGGGCUCUCGGGCUCGUACGCACGGCGAUCCUCGUCCGGGCGAUUCCGAAACUCGCGAUCGACGAUCAAAAUAGUCUGCUCGCCCGUGGCCUCGUGGAGCACGUGGACGCGCAGGAACUCGUGUUGUCGAGGCGUAUCGGGCCCCUCUUUGAGAUGUUCCACCCGGCUUACGACCGCCCCAUUUGCAAGUGCGCUGUCUCGAGGCUGCAGGAGAAUCGUGUUC